AUGGCGGUGGCUCCUGAUAGUAGAGUGCUUUCCUACACUGUUUAUAAAUGGAGUUCUUACUCCUCUACAUAUUUACCUGAAAACAUUUUGGUGGAUAAACCUAAUGAUCAGUCUUCCAGGUGGUCAUCAGAAAGCAAUUACCCUCCGCAGUACUUGACCCUAAAGCUGGAGAGGCCAGCCAUCGUGCUAAGCAUCACCUACGGCAAAUAUGAGAAAACUCACGUUUGCAACCUGAAGAAGUUCAAGGUGUUUGGCGGUAUGAGUGAAGAAAACAUGACUGAGCUCCUGUCCAGUGGCCUUAAGAAUGACUUCAACAAGGAGACGUUUACGCUAAAGCACAAAAUUGAUGAGCAGAUGUUCCCUUGCAGAUACAUUAAAAUUGUGCCACUGAUGUCAUGGGGACCCAGUUUUAACUUCAGUAUCUGGUACAUUGAGUUGCAUGGAAUAGAAGAUCCAGACAUAGUCCAGCCCUGCCUUAACUGGUACAGCAAGUACCGGGAACAGGAGGCAAUCCGUCUGUGUCUGAAGCACUUCCGGCAGCACAACUACACCGAGGCCUUCGAGUCGUUGCAGAAGAAGACCAGAAUAGCACUGGAGCACCCCAUGCUUACUCACCUCCAUGAGCGCCUGGUGCACCGCGGAGACUUUGAUGCCUGCGAGGAGCUCAUCGACAAAGCUGUGAGAGACGGCUUGUUCAAUCAGUACAUCAGCCAGCAGGAGUACAAACCACGCUGGAGUCAGAUCGUCCCCAAAUGCACCAAAGGUGACGGGGAUGACAGUAGGCCAGGAAUGAGAGGUGGUCAUCAGAUGGUGAUUGAUGUGCAGACUGAGACGGUGUAUCUGUUUGGAGGCUGGGAUGGCACGCAGGACUUGGCAGAUUUCUGGGCCUACAGUGUACAGGAGAAUCAGUGGGCUUGUAUCUCCAGAGACACAGAGAAAGAGAACGGUCCCAGUGCGCGUUCCUGCCAUAAGAUGUGCAUCGACUCACAGAGGAGGCAGAUCUACACCCUGGGCCGAUAUCUGGAUUCCUCAGUCAGAAACAGCAAGUCUUUGAAAAGUGACUUCUACCGCUACGACAUUGACGCCAACACAUGGGCGCUGCUCAGCGAGGACACGUCUGCGGAUGGAGGCCCUAAACUUGUGUUCGACCACCAGAUGUGCAUGGAUUCUGAAAAACACAUGAUCUACACGUUUGGUGGGCGCAUUCUGACAUGUAACGGCAGUGUGGAUGACAGCCGCACAUCGGAACCGCAGUUCAGCGGCCUAUAUGCCUACCAGUGCCAGACGGGCACGUGGAGCCUACUGAGGGACGACUCGUGCAACGCCGGCCCGGAGGAUGUACAGUCACGCAUCGGCCACUGCAUGCUGUUCCAUACGAGGAAUCGCUGCCUUUAUGUGUUCGGAGGCCAGAGAUCAAAAACGUACCUAAAUGACUUCUUCAGUUAUGAUGUGGACGCUGACCAUGUAGAGAUCAUCUCGGAUGGCACCAAGAAAGACUCCGGCAUGGUACCAAUGACCGGCUUCACCCAGCGGGCCACCAUUGACCCAGAACUGAACGAGAUCCACGUCCUGUCAGGCCUCAGCAAAGACAAGGACAAACGAGAGGAAAACGUCCGCAACUCCUUCUGGAUCUACGACAUCACCCGCAACAACUGGUCCUGUGUGUAUAAGAAUGACCAGGCUGUGAAGGAGAACCCCAAUAAGACGCUGCAGGAAGAAGAGCCGUGCCCUCGAUUUGCUCACCAGCUCGUGUACGAUGAGCUGCAUAAGGUACAUUACCUGUUUGGGGGAAACCCAGGCAAGUCGAGUUCUCCUAAAAUGCGACUGGACGAUUUCUGGUCUCUGAAGUUGUGCCGGCCCUCUAAAGAGUACCUGCUUCGACACUGCAAAUACCUGAUUCGCAAAUACAGGUUUGAGGAGAAAGCCCAGUCCGAGCCCCUGAGUGCCCUGCAGUACUUACAGAAUGACCUUUCACUGACUGUGGACCACUCUGACCCUGAUGAGACUAAAGAAUUUCAGCUCCUGCCCUCAGCUUUAUUUAAAUCCAGCUCAGACUUCAUCCCACUAGGAUUUUCAGAUGUGGAUCAAACGUACGCCCAGCGCACACAUCUUUUUGACACGCUUGUUAACUUUUUCCCUGACAACAUGACCCCACCUAAGGGUAACCUUGUGGAUCUUAUUACCCUGUAGCCACACCCACACUCGAUCUCUUCCUGUCUAUGCCUUCUAGACCCCUCUUAUUAUAACCAGAAGUUAUUUUUCUACAUUGUCCACUUCUGAAUUGCCUCACUGGUUGAAUGUGCUCCCUUUACAGAGGGGAAGUAAUUCUGUACCACUGUCGAGACUUAUAUAACCAAAAACUGUACAUGAACAAAUAUUAAGAAUUUAUGCGUAUGAGAUAUUAACUCAAGCCUAAAAUCACAAAGUCAAGCAAAAGGGAGUGUAGUUUCAUUUUGCAGCAUUAUUUGUCAUUCUUUUUUUCCAGAAAUUCGACACCUCUGUAAUCUGGCAAAGACUCCCCCUGCUUUUAUUUCAUUUAUGGUUUGGUGUAAGGUUGUAGAUUUUUCUUUUCUGUUUAAGAUUCAGUGCUGAUUUGGUACUCACUAGAUGAAGGUUUUGAGCUCUGAGGUGUUUAGGUCCCUUAGACAACCCUUUAUAAGUUGUUAAUUAAUUGAGGAGUGAAGGACGCCCAUUGUGAGCUAUGAAUUGUUUUGCUAUCCAUGUAGUAACAGGAAUUCAAUAGGCUGUGUCUGUCUGUCUGUCUGUCUGUCUGUCUGUCUGUCUGUGUGUGUGUGUGUGUGUGUGUGUGUGUGUGUGUGUGUGUGUGUAGGUACACAGUGGGUUUAAGUAUUCAGACUUCUUGGCUAUCUUCACACUUUGUGUUGUGGAUUUGAUUUCUAAUAGAUAUGAUUGCUAUUUUUACCUAUCAAUCUACAUUUAUUUACCUAUAAUGACGAAAUAAAAUGGCUUUGUGUUAAAAAACUGAAAUUAGUGCACCUAAAGCCCCUUUGGCAGCGAAUACAGUUGCAAGUCUUGGAUAUAUCAUUGCACCCCUGGAUUUGGGCAAUUUAUCCAAUUAGUCAUUGUAGAUAUGUUCAAGAUCCAUCAGAUUGGAUGGCGAGAGCAUGUGAACUUCUAUCUUCAGAUUUCUUUACAUAUGUUUAAAGGGGUUUAAGUUGUUUUACCAACAAAAAGUGUGAACCAUAAAAUAUUUUAUUUAAUUAAAAAAUACAAUAUUUUAUGGGUAAAAAUAUAUAUCCAUUUCAUGAAAUUCACAACACAAAGUGUGCAAAGUCAAAAGGUCUAAAUACUUUCUGAUGCCUGAGAGUAUACACUCACAGUUGAGCCAAAAUAUUAGGACCACCCAUCUAAUAUUCUGUCCAAACAGCUCUAACACACCAGGAGUUACACAUCUAAAGAGUCCUGUGGUGUCUGGUACCAGGACAUCUUUGUCAUGGGUAAACAAAAGCUAAACAUAAUCUCCUAGCAAACAGGACUGUUAAAUUGCUCAACCGUCUUCUGUUGCUCCGCUAGAUGGCACCCAGCCAACCGGUGGCAACGUCGAGGAGUUCAGAAUCUCGGUGCUGGUGUGCUAGAGGAAUAUCCCGCUGCGCCACCUGCAUAGCCUUCUUUUUCAAAGAGUAUUGGUUGCCCUGUAACCUGUUAGCAGUUUUUGGCUUGUCCAUUCUUGGACCACAGUUGGUGGAUACUCACCACAGCUGCCUGUGAGCAACCCUUGCUUUUUCAAAGAUAGUACAACCCAUUCGUCUGUCCAAUACAAUUAAGCUUUUGUUUAAGUCACUCAGGUGUAUUCUGAGUAACUACCUUCAGUCCUAAAUGUAAUAUAUCACUGACCAUCACAUCACUGUUACAAAAUAGGAAUUGCAAUGCAAAUAAUAAUAAUAAGCCUUUAUUUGUCAUAUAUACAUAUACAGGUAUACAGUACUACGAAAUUCUUUCUUCGCGUAUUCUAGCUUGUUUGGUAGCUGGGGUCAGAGCUCAGGCUCAGCCAUUGUACGGCGCCCCUGGAGCAGAGAGGGUCAGGGGCCUUGCUCAAGGACCCAACAGUGGCUGCAUGGCAGAGCUGGGAUUCAAACUCUCAGCCUUUCAAUUGAUAGUCCAAAGCUCUACCCACUAGGCUACCACCGUCUCUCUUUUUUGUGGUCUUAAUGUUUUGGCUCAUUACUGUAUGUUUAUGCAUAACAUUUUAAUAACAGGGACAAAUGUGAACUAGUAAUUUUAAGCCUAUGUGUUUAUAAUUAAAAAAUAAAUACAUUAUUACUUUGGGGGAGAUAAAUUUACAAAGUCUAAGCUUGCUGCUGUUAUUAUAUCAUCAAAACAUAGAACAUUGCUAUUAUGGUGCCAAAUGAAAUGCUGUUAUUUUAUUUUCUAUUUGCAUCCUUUACCCUUUCACAGAGAAACAAUAAUUAAAACUGCUACUGCAGUGCUUCGGCUCCAGUUGUCUCACAAUAAAUCUAGCAUUUACUCUAACAAAGCCUUAGUAGGACUCUAGAUGUUUUAAGGCCCACUAAUUUACUGUCCUUAAUGUGAUUUUUUUUUGCCCUUUUAAUGACAUGGUGUCUGUGCGGUUUCCAGUGCUGGUGAUUUAUGUAAAAGCAUUUCAUGCCAUUACUUGUAUAUGCUUUUGGUCUGGACACAAGCUUAGGUAAGAUUCAAGGGAAUUGGGUAUUUUUUUUAGGGUGUCCCUAAGGUUGCAAUAGUUAACUAGUAACUGUUGACCAACUAUGUCUGGUUGUUGGUUAUUGAAAAUAUGGCAACACCACAGAGCAUCAAGUAAUAUGUUUGAGUUUCAGUGGUGCCACUGACCUGGCCAGACACUCUAAGGACUCAGUUGGCUAUGAAGGGAAAACCAGAUGGGGUAUCACAAAACAUAUGAAUUGGAAUAACCAAUCUAUGUCUUCUAAGACAGAUCACACACUUCUGUCCUCAAUAGUGUGUCAGAUAAGUCCAGUAGGGCCAGGACAUUUCCAACCAAAUAAUCAAGGUGUUUGUUGGCUGAUGUUGGCGUUGUCUGUAGCCAACUCUUUCAGUGACAGACCUCACAAGACUAGUGAGACCAUUCAAGUGCUGGCACUGGCACCGACACUGUUUCAAAAGGGCUACAAGUUCCUGCAGUUGUCUACAGGAACUGUCUUGUGAAUGGAAUUACUUUUGUCAUUUUGUCACUUUAUGUUAAUAGCGACGUGUGAACAAAUUCAUCCACUAAUUAUUUAAAAAUGUGAUCGUGUGUGUAAAUAGCAAUGUAUAAAAGUGUGUGUGUGUGUAUAUAUAUAUAUAUAUAUAAGAUACCUUAUUGAAGUAUUCAUAAUGCCCUGAUUCUAUAGCUUUAGCACCUGAAAGCUGAAUAUACUGGGACAUUGUGAUGGUACCAGUUCAUUGGUGCACAGUAUUAAUGCUUAAUAAUGACUAUUCACACUGGCUUAUUGAUUGUGUUUUAUUACUGAAAGCAAAUGCAUCCUAUCAUGGUUUGCCAUGCAAACCUGUACUUGUGCAUUUGCACAUGAGGAAUGAUUAUCAUAGUUAUCUAGAAACAAUUUUAUGAUCUGAAUAGUGUCAUUAUGGAGGAUUCCUGCAUCUUUAAACAGGUCUGAUUUUUCAUUAUGGAGCCAUCAUGUAAUAUUGCGCAAUCUCCCACCCUUGCAAAUGUAAAUUAUUGCUUUGUUUUGGUUUUUGCCUCCAUGGUCAUGGUCCUAUGUUGAUUUUUAACCAGUAACCAACAAGCUCAUAGUGACCCAUUGGCAGUAAUGUAGCACAGAUGGAUUCGAAAGGCAUAUUUUGAAAACAAUGUCAGUAGUUUGAAGACUAUUUGCAAAUGCAGUUGAUAGCGCAACGCUCUUGCCAGCACAGAAACAACUAAUAAGACACAGUCAGCUGUAUUCUAGCUUUAUUCUAGGACACAAAGCUAUGUGAAGCUAAAGCCAAAUGUGAAGUGUUAAUCUGAUUUCAGCUCAAGAACUGGAUGUUUGUUGCUCUAUGUGUGUUCUAAUUUGAUUAAUAAUAGAGCUUUAUGAUUUGCUGUACGUCAAGGCUGGGAUUUACUUGCCACAUAACUAUGCAUACAUGCACAUACAGCUGCUGCACAAGCAACAUUAUUUAUGGAUCUGCCUGCCUGUGUCUCUGAAGAUGGCAGGUUAGAGCCAAAGUAGAGCCAUUUACAACCGUACAUAAGAGUACCAGAUUAGAAGUUAACAUUCUUCUUGUGACAUUGUACUUGGUGUGUAGUAUGUAACAUGUCAUUACAAUUUCUUGGGGGUAGGCGAUUUCCUUGUUUUCUCUUAAUUUAAUAACACGAAACAGCCUGGCUAUUGAAAGUUGUCAAUGUCAGUGUGCUUUCAGUGCUGGUCCCAAGCCUGAAUAGAAAUAUGAUGGUUGCCCCAGGAUGGGCAUCUGGUAUAAAAACCGGUGCCAAGUCUGGUAUGUGGACCAGAUCCUUUGUGGUGACCCUUAAUACUGGAGCAACUAAAAGGAAAAAGGAAAAAAUAAAUCAAUCAGAGGUGCUCAGGUGGCGCAGCGGUAAAACACGCUAGCACACCAGAGCUGACAUUUCAAACUCCUCGGUUCGAAACUCAGUUCUGCCAUCCGGCAGGCUGGGCGCCUACACAAACAACGAUUGGUUGUUGUUCUGGGGGGGGGUGCUGGACAGACCUCAUAACUGAUGCAAUUACGACCUCUGCUGGCUGAAUGAUGCCGUCUGCACAGAGUUGAGGGAGAAUGCGUUGAUCAGGGUGUGGCUCUCUGUACACAAAGCUGAUCUGCAUACGAACUCGCGUCGUGCAUGUGAAAAGAUGCAGUCGGAUACUGCACACGUGGGGUCGUGUGUCAGUCUCGCUCUCCUCAACCAGGGUGGAAAUCAACAUUGGUAGAGGGGGGCGUAAUGCAGUCAGGUAAUUGGAUACGACUAAAUUUGGAGGAAAAUUGGGACAAAAAAAAAAAAAAUCAAUUAGGGACGUGGCAACUCCAGACCUUUUUUUUACAGGCAGCAAAAAAACCCAAACAAUCUGGGUCUCACUAUAGUACUAGUAAUGGAUUACACAUAUUUAAUAAGAACUAUGAAGUUUGGGAUGUAGCACCUAGUCUUUUAUUCAGGGAUGUAGAUCUGUCUUUGUGUCAUCAUGAAUAGCUCAGUGGUCCAGUGCACUAACCCCUUUCUCUGAGAUCUGAUUUCAAAUCUCAGCUGUAGUAUCAACCCAUAUAGGUGCUCACAUGAUGGUUUGGCUGUGUCUGACGGGAGAGAUGGUCAAAGGGGCUCUCUGUGGGUGAUGAAGUGUCUGUGGAACCUGAGUUCAAUUCUUGCCUUUGGUCACUGUCUGUGUAAUGGCAAGCCCAGUGGUCGAUUGGCUUAGUGUGUAUUCCUGUUGUCAGGUGACACUGGACCGCUUGAAGCUUGACCAGGAUAAAAUGGUCAGUGAAAAUAAAUAAAUAAAUAUGAGACUUGUUUGUUCAGGCUGUUACUGAGCCUGGUCCCAUCAUGUUCUUCCAUCAUCCUGAUUUGUUUGGCUCAGUAAUUUGAGACAAAUCCAUGCUGUCAUGAUCAUUAUCACACUGUGCUAAGGGCACUAGAUGUUCCUAUUAUUAAAAACAAGUCAGUUAAGCAGUUUGUGUUUAUUUAAUCACAUAAAUUCAGAUGAGGUUCUGAGAAGUCAUGUAAACAUCUUUUCUUGUGACUCAUUGGCUAAAACUUAUGUUACUUAUGUAAGGAAAAUGUGUCUAUGACUCAUGAAAACAAUACACAUGAAUCAUAUUUACCAUUAAGACAAAUUCUAACCAUUGCCUAGUUCUUUCAUUAGUGCUAUAUUGUCUCUGGCUAUAUUGUUUACCACUAUGCAGGUGUGCCAUGUUGAUUUAUUAGGAUGUGCACAAGCAAUAUGCCAAACAAAGACAGAAUUUGUGCAGCAGCUAUGUGGUGUAUGCAUACUUAAAAGAAACUAGAAUCCCAGCAUUAUAUGAGCUUGAUUUAAGUUCACAUUUUAGGUUCAGGCUUUUUUGGUCAGGAAGGUAACUCAUGUAGAAUUAGAGCAAUCCUAUAAAUCAGUGCAUUCUCCCUUGUACUUUUCACUUCUCUUUACUAAAAAAAAGCAUCAGACUUUACCCUAUUUCUCUAUCUUCCCCUGAGUGAGGCUGCUGGGCUAUGUGAACACUACACUGUGGCAGACAUGAAUGUGUAGAACAUACUAAAUACAACAUUGUAUGUAAUGUACAUAAAUAAAGAUUGUAUUUUGUUCAGGUUUUGUAAAA